GGCGUUUCAAGUGUUGUAGAACUGUCACAAGGAGAACCAGGCUAUUAAAUGCUUCAGGACCAGAUGCAGACUCAAUAACGACUGGAUUUUUUUUUUUUAAAGAGCCAGAGCAGCAUUCCGUUUACAUUACUCCUAAUGAUAUUUCAGUCUGGUUACAAGAUCUGUUCUAGCCUCAAGAAUAUCCUCAUCAGAUAUGGAAAGUAUUCCUGAUCUGGAUCCUAACAAGGAUGACCUGCCUCUGUGUGCGAACACCAACCAUAUGCUCGUUCGCCACUAUGUCCUUGACCUGGCCGUUCACAUUCAAAGGAAGGUCAUUGCUGGCAGCAUUGUUCUGUUCCUGGAGCCUGGUUUGGCUUCCAGCAAACAAGGUGAAUCAGGAUGUGCAUCAAACAUGCAAGAUCAAUCUCAAGUGUCAACCAAACAUGACGUGAAUUCUCCUAUCACACCUGAGCACAAUAAGCUGAUACCCCCUGAGGGACCGCCAUAUUUGAUUGGAGGAAUGGAUGUUGGUAGUGAGGAUGAGAGUGAAGAAUUUACCUUGGUUUUGGAUUGUUGUGACCUGGUGGUUUCAAGAGUUGAAGAGUUGGAUGUAACUACAGUACUGGAAUUUAAAAAACUUGAUGUGGACCAACGGGAUGUGAAUGCAGGACUGGUACAGAGGCUGGUCUCUAUGCCUUCUUCCUGUUGGAAGACACAGCAUGAGCUUUACCUUCAGUGCAGCCGUUCAUCUAACAUCAUAAAUACACAGCCUCUACAGUUCCACAUGGACAAGUGGAGUCUUCAGAUUAGGAAAAAGGGAGUUCGCACACCUCAUGAUUUCCCAUGCGCUGUCAGAAUCUGGUAUGAAACUAAACCCACGGGUGGUUCUGUGAGGUGGACAAAAGACCAGGAUGGCAGAUGCUGUGUUUACACCAUGGGGUCACCCAUCAACAACAGAGCCCUCUUCCCAUGCCAGGAGCCACCUGUUGCCAUGUCAACGUGGCAAGCGUGUGUGAGGGCUCCAUGUGAUUUCACUGUUCUAAUGAGUGGUGAAAAUCAAGCUUUUCCAGAGCCUGCAGAGACAGGUUUUCAGCAGUGGGAUUAUUAUGUUACAAUGCCAAUGCCAGCCUCUACCUUUACUAUAGCAGUCGGACAAUGGCUAGAGGCUGGAGUUAAAGGGACAAAAUAUGUGGACGACAAACUCAGUCUUCCUUUAGACAGUGUUGAUCAGGAGUACAUUUGUUCCCACAUGGAUUAUCCCUGCCGCUUUAUGGAUGGAACUGCUAGAGUACAGACUGUUAUUCCUCACCGAGUGUUUACCCCGUCCUGCCACUUGCAGAAGGCACAGGACAUGGUUCUACCUUUACUGCCCCUUUGUCUGACUGCGGCCCACUCUGUUCUUGGUGUCCAUCCAUUCCUGCGUCUAGAUGUGCUCAUUGUUCCCUCAGGGUUUUCCAGUCUGGGCAUGGCCAGUCCACAUAUCGUGUUCCUGUCUCAAAGUGUGCUAACGGGUGAGAGGAACCUCUGUGGGGCAAGGUUAUGCCAUGAAAUCGCCCAUUCCUGGUUCGGAUUGGCCAUUGGUGCACGGGAUUGGACAGAAGAAUGGAUCAGCGAGGGCUUCGCUACUUAUUUAGAGGAUGUGUUGUGGAGCCACGUUCAAAAGUUGGGCUAUAGAGAAGCUGAGGAGCAGAGACAGUUAAAGGCUUUGCUGCGCUGGAGGAGAUUGAGUGAUGAGUUGCAGAAUUCUGAAGAAGAGCUGCAGGUCCUCAGGCCCAAUAAAGAGAACACAGGGGAAGUGAGCGAGUCCGGUGCGUCAGUUGUGAAGCAUGCCCUCAACCCAGAAAAACCCUUCAUGCAGGUGCACUAUCUGAAGGGCUAUUUCCUCUUGAAGUUUCUGGCUGAUCAAGUCGGCGAGGAGAAGUUCCUGCACUUCUUCAAAGUGUUUGUUGGAAAAUUUCACGGGCAGCUCAUUCUGUCUCAGGAUUUUCUGCAGAUGCUUCUGGACACAUUUCCAGCAAUGAGCAGCCGGGGCAUCACACUUGAAACCAUCUUUUCAGACUGGUUAGAUACACCUGAAAUGCCAGAGUGGCUGAGAGACGAACGCUCAGAAUGGUUGCGGACUCCAGCGGUGCAAGAAGUCAAAGGAGAGGUUGCAAAAUGGAUUCACUUCAGUGGCUCUGGUGGAAAGGGCAGCAAGCGGAAAAGAGCAGGGCCCAAGGUUAACUUCAAAGAGCUGAGUCCAGAGCAGCUGGUGCUUCUGCUGGAGUUUCUUCUAGAGGAGCCCAAUCUGAGUGCGUCCACGCUGAGACUCCUUCAGUCCACUUAUAACCUACAGGCUCAGGAUGCUGAGGUGAAACAUCGCUGGUGUGAACUUGCGGUCAAGCAUAAACACACUGCCGCAUACCGAGACGUUGAGCUCUUCCUGAUCCAUGACCAGGCUAUGGGUGUGUAUUUGUACGGAGAGCUAAUGGUCCAGGAAGACGCUCGGCAGCAAGCAUUAGCACGCCGCUGUUUAUCCAUCAUUAAAGAUGACAUGGACCAAUCAGCACGCACCGUUGUGGAAGAAAUGAUCCUCUGAGCUCACAAAUCAGGUUUCAGAUCUGUCUGCUCUCCAGUCACAUGUUCAACUGAGGGAAGUCAAGCAGGAUCCCGCUGUCAUCUGCUCACUGGUGCUUUAAAGAGAACAACCAGAGGAAUAUGCACACAAACACAGUCCCUGUCAUAACUAGGGCUUUGUUUUCCAUCACUGCACAUUCAAGUUACUGUAUAGAACACAUGAAAUAAAAGCCAAAUGUCAUACUUUUGUAUUGUUGGCAAGAAAUAAAAAGAUGGUACACAAA